UGUAGGAGGAGAAACAGAGAAAAAAAGAAAUUCCCACUUGACCCAUUUGGCUGUAUUUAUAUAUAUCCUUGUAUAUAAAUACUCAAUCUAUCACUCCAUUAUGCUCAGCACUAUAAGACGCCUUUCAUUUCACAAUUUGUCCAAUAUUGCAGACUAAAUUUCCCCUUCUUAUUCUCCAACGCACCCACAUUUCUUCCCAUCCUACUUGCAUUGUAUACCUUGCACUGUAUCACGGUUGACGACGAUGAAGAUGAUGUCCAUGUCAAUGUGUAAACAAUCAGUCCCUCUACUCGACAUGAUCCCCCCGCCCACCCUCAACUUCGACAUGUUAAACACUCCCCGACCUAAAGACAAAGUAGUCAUCGUAAUGGGUGCAACAGGCACCGGCAAGUCACGACUUUCAAUCGACCUCGCCACCCGAUUCCCCGCCGAGAUCAUAAACUCCGACAAGAUCCAAGUUCAUCAAGGUCUUGACAUCCUCACUAACAAAAUCACCGAGGAAGAACGCCGCGGAGUGCCUCAUCAUCUGCUCAGUGUCUUGCCACCUACCGCAGACUUCACCUCUGCCAACUUCCGCGACAUGUGCUCUCUCGCCAUUGAAUCAAGCUUGAGCCGUGGCCACCUUCCGAUCAUCGUCGGAGGCUCCAACACCUACAUCGAGGCCCUCGUUGACGACGACGACAUGAGGUUCCGUUCGCGAUACGAGUGUUGCUUUCUCUGGGUCGACGUCUCAAUGCCUGUUCUCCACUCGGCAGUGUCAAAACGAGUUGACAGAAUGGUCGACAAUGGCAUGGUUGAAGAGGUUAGAUCUUUCUUCAAAUUCAACGCGGAUUGCACAAGAGGAAUCAGGAAAGCAAUUGGGGUUCCCGAGUUGGAUAAGUUCUUUAUGGUAGAACCAUUUUUGAAGCAAGAAGAACGCGAGAAACUACUUGAAGAAGCAAUACAAGAGAUCAAAAAGAACACCUGCAAAUUAGCUCGUCGGCAAUCGGAGAAGAUUCACCGGCUGAGAAACAUCAAG